AUGGCUUCACCAGCGGACGUGACUAUCGGAAAUUUAGCGGGAAGAUGGGUUCUGGACAGACAACUGUCAGACAACCUGGAAGAAGCGCUGACGAUUCAGGGCGUCCCUUUCCUUAUCCGUAAAAUCAUGCUUGUGGCAAGUGUUACGGAGACAGUACAGGAAACCGCAAAUGAGGACGGGAUCAAGGGUUUGCUAGUCACCAAGGCUGCUGCCGGCCUCAAAGGACAAGCUGACGCUUUUGAUGGAACUGGCAAAGAGAUCGUCAUGGGUGGCGGUUAUUUUGGUACUGAGGUACGAGUACGCUCCUGGUGGGUUGAUUUAUCGUCUGAUUCGAAGCCCAAAAAUCCGGCGGGGGAGCCACUGGAUCCAUAUCUGCUCAAAGAUUGGCUCACGGAAGGGCCAAAGGGCGUUCCAGGCCACUUUGCCGGCAGUGGUGAAAAGGCUGGUAUUAGGGAUAAUAUGUUCUGGGGAUUUUGCCAAAUCGGUGGGAAGCGAUAUCGCGCCGUCAAGUAUUAUAUUCGCAAGGGAGACCAGGAGGUUAGAGCUAGGUUGGUCUUUGGCUGGCUCGGUAGAGAAUAG